GGGCGCAUGCGGCAUGAGUAAUGUAACACCAACAGAAAAACAGCAGGGUACCAGAAAAAUCAGUGUGACAGGUGACGUUAGCUAACUUUAUUGUCUUAUAGGAACACUGUCCUGUAAGAUUCAGUUGGACAGUUACUGGUGUCCUUUUUUUCUUUCACCUGGAAGGCAACCGUGAAUAAAUCAUCCACGAUAAUGACCGAGCAAUCAGCUUUGCUGCUUCGUAAACAACUGGCAGAACUGAACAAGAAUCCAGUGGAGGGCUUCUCAGCUGGCCUCAUCGAUGAUGAUGACAUCUACCAGUGGGAAGUUGUCGUCAUUGGCCCUCAAGACACAAUGUUUGAAGGAGGAUUUUUUAAAGCACAUUUGACUUUUCCACACGACUAUCCUCUCCGUCCUCCGAAGAUGAAGUUUGUCACAGAACUCUGGCACCCAAAUGUGGCCAAAAAUGGUGAUGUGUGCAUCUCAAUCCUGCACGAGCCAGGAGAGGAUAAGUUUGGGUAUGAGAAACCAGAGGAACGUUGGCUGCCCAUCCAUACAGUCGAGACGAUCAUGAUCAGUGUGAUCUCUAUGCUGGCAGACCCUAACAGCGACUCGCCUGCUAACGUAGAUGCUGCUAAAGAGUGGCGGGAAGACCCCAAUGGCGAGUUCAAGAGAAAAGUGGCCCGCUGUGUGCGGAAGAGCCAGGAAAUGGCAUUUGACUAGGGUUUUUUACUACUGCUCAGAUAUUCCCAAGGCCCCCCACCCCUCGCUCCAAAAAAACAAAAAAAAAAGAGGAUGACUUGACGACCUGUCAUCCCUUAAGACUUUUGCACCUUGUCACUGGGAGAUGGAAUUUAAGCAAGCUACAUUUAAAACAAGGUCAUUUGGAUUUUUCCCCUGAAUGUUUGUUCCCCUAGCUUUUUAAAAAGUGUUUCCUCUUUAUUAUUUAUUGUGGGAUUUAGAUGAGAUGUAUUGCAUGCCCCUCCCCUCCCCGUUCUCCUGCCACUGAGCCAGUAUCUUACAAUACUAUACAAUUUCAGAGGUAUUUGAGGUUUUAGUUUUUGAAAUUCCAGUAACUACCAUAGCCCCCCUCCUCCUCUCCUGGAGAUAUCAAGAGUCAUGAUGCAAUAGUCUCCUAACAGAGGCUUGAUGCUCUCUCUGCUGCCUUAAUUUGUUUUUCUUGCAAGCAAGGAAUCCAGUGAUGUCAAAUCGAUGUCAGGAUGUUUCUUAUGGAUUGGUUUUGAAUCAGUUGUUUUGGACAAACCAAAAAUGUUAGAUAUUUGCUUGAGGGAUAGAGCAUAUUUUUUGUAUUACUGCAUAAUCUCAAAAGAAGUAUUUUUUGUGUAUGUAAAUAUGUGCUGUACCAUAGCAAUGUCAAUCAAUGUCUGAACACCCAGCCACACGCUUGUUUAAUAGUAAGCUGUAUCACAUUAAGACUAUUUUUAUUACCCCUCCGGUGGUUAAUACUGACCUUAGUCAGCCUGAUUUUAGUCUUCCACACAAGUCCUUUCUGAAGGGCAAUGGUAUUGUGGGAUUUGGGCUGGUUUUGCUAACAGGUUCUGUUUUUUUGUUGCCCUACCAUUGAACAAUGUUAUUUGUAGAACUCCUUUUCUUAUGAUACGCCUAUCUCAACUGCUUUGGUUUCUCAGUUUUCUCAAAUCGUUUUAGUUUUGUGUAAUCUAAUCAUGUAACUUCACACUGGUCCUCUAAUGUGCACAAUGAAGUGAAUUAAGUUCUUGUUAGAUUUACCUGCACCAAGUGUUUCCCUCCUAACUGUGUUGGUAAGCACUUUAUAAUGACAUUAAUUUGAUGAGUGAAUUCACUGGGGUGAAACUAUUUACAAGGGGUCCGAAAGCCCUUAAAAGCCCGCUGUGUGAUCAUGUGUUUCAUUAGAUUGAGGAUUUUUAAGAAGAUCUGUGUAUGCAUAACUGUCAGAUGAACCAGGUCGGUAAUGAAAGUUGGCAUCAAGCAAUAUAGAUGUUCCUCCUCAUUUAUAAAGGAUAUAGAACUCAAUACAGGUUGUGCAUACUGUGAAAAGCAUUCUUUCUAUAUAGUACUUCAGUUGUCAGCGUGUUUUGUGUUAUCAUUUUAGCAUCAAGUCAUUGUAAUUUAUGCCCAAUAAAUACAUAAAUAAAGAUUA